GUCCAAUGCUUAAAGCAUAUUUAAAUGGCGUACAACUUAAUACAUUACAUCCAUCAUUUAAUAAUCAAUCAAAGCUUAAUUAUUUAAUAGAAAAAAAUCGAAGAUCUAAAUAUCCACAUAGACAGGAUAUAAUGGGUGUAAUUCAUGAGUUUAUUAAAAAUCAUCAAAAUGCAGAAGAUCCAUAUAUUCGAUUUAUUGAUAAUGGGCAAUUGAUUAUUUUAUGCUUAAAAAAAGAACAAGCUAUUGCAUUAUCUGAAUUAAAGUAUUUCGAAAUUGAUACAUCUUUUAAACGUGUUCAAGGUGUAUAUAAAGAAUGGGAAAUAAAUGCGUUUAUUGAAAAAUAUUCAAAAACUUUAUGUUUUGCACGUGUCUUUGUUAAAAAUCAAACGAUUGAAACUUAUCAGCAUAUCUUUGAAGAACUUUUUACAAUUAUUGAACAAGAUAUAGGCCAUUCAUUUUAUUUUCAACAUAUUCAUGGACAAGGGCUAGGCUGUAUUUUAGCUGACGCUGAAAAGGCACAAGCUAUUGAAGUUCUUUCAGCAUUAAAUCAAUUAGAAAAUAGUAAUGAAAAAGAAACUCAAG